AUGGAAGGGCCAAAAACCCUGGCACCCUGUGGCCACUCCCACCCUCAGUGCCCCCAACCGCCCACUUCGAGCAGCCAUGGCAGAUGCUUGGACCCACCCUGCCAGGGGUUUGUAAGGUGGCCCUGCCUAGUGCCUCUCAGCUCCACGCACUCACUGGAGUUGGCCAGGCCUUUCCCAGACCCGGGGGCAGGGGCCGGGGCGCCCAGGGUGGGCAGUGAGGCCCCUGAGAGCUUCAGUGCAAGUGAGGAGGGAGAGACGCAACGACAGACACGGAGAGACCCGGCGGGGGCUGGACACAGACACAUGGAGACUGGGCUGCAGUGGGGCUGGCCCCUGCACUCAGGACAAGAACAGGGGGCCCCCAGGCAAGGGGGACCCCCCAGCUCAGGGCCCAGACCCUGCCCAUGCCCGCCCCUGCCGCCAAGGGCAGCGACCCCAGCCACGCCCAGGGCAGCCCCCUCCCAGCUCCAGAGCGUUUCCCUGGGACCUGCAGAGCAGUCCUUCCUCCAGCUGGAGCAAGAGAACCAAAAUCUGAAAAGGCAGAACCAGGACCUAAGGGAGCAGCUGGGGGCCCUCCUGGGGCCGGGGCAGCAGUUCCUGCCCCUGUGCCCAGAGCACUCGAGCUGCACGGCCCUGGCCUGGACCCCUGAGCAGGCCGGUACACGGCCCCUGGAGGAUACAACGCCUUUGCAGCUGCUGCGGCAGGAGCUGUGCCGGGGUGAGGAGUCCUUCGUGCAGCAGUCCCAGAACGAGCUGCAGCAGAUCCGACUGUCCUUUGAGAGAAAGAAGAUGGCCAUUACCGAGGUGUGGGACGGUGUGGCCGAGGUACACAUGGCCCUGAAUAACCAGGCCACCGGGCUCCUGAACCUCAAGAAGGACAUCCGGGGUGUGCUAGACCAGAUGGAGGACAUUCAGCUGGAGAUUCUGGGGGAGCGUGCCCAGUACCGCAGCCAGGCCAGGAAGGAGCAGCAGAUGGCAUGCAUAGCGAAGGCGCGGCCUCCGCUGGGAUGCUCCGAGGGCUUCAGAGGCCAGCUCUGGCUGCUGGCCCUGAGGCUGCUGCUGGGCACCCUGCUGGCCUGCACCGCCGCCUACGUGUACGUGGUGGACCCCGCGCCCUUCGAGGGGCUAGUGCCGCCCCUGCUGAGCCGUGCAGCCGUCUGGAAGCUCCGGGCCCUCCUGGGCCCGUUCCUGCGCCUCGAGGUGGACGACUUCCUGCCCUUCUAGGCCAGAGGCCCAGUGACCCCAGGGAGGAGGAGGCCAGGCAGCCGGCUGCCCCUGGUGCCCAGUGGCAGCACCAGCCCCUGCCCCCGCACUGCCUGGCACGUCCUCGCCAGGAGCUGCGGAGAAGGGUGGAGGCGGGGUCUGUCCUGAGGGCUGGGCCUGUGGCUGGACAUAUAGUGGUGACACACAUGGCGUGUGAGCUUGUUUCCAUGGCAACAGGAGGCAGGAGGCUUUGCCACCUUCUUAGGCAGAUCUCGCAGUGGGGGUCCCUCAGGUUGACACCCCCACUUCGGCCCGCAUGCCCUAUCCUCCUGCUGGACAGCUGCCCCUCCACAGGAAGCCGGAAGCCUGUCCCGGCCGCCGGGAGGGCUCUGAGCAGAGGGUGUCACAGGAGGGUCUCCACUGGAAGUGAGUACCGGGGACCCCAGGCAUCAUCCCUGGGGCAGGGCCCAGCUGGGGGACCUCAGAGAUCAGGUUCUCAGCCCGGAAUCUGCUGACCCACUGACCUCACACCCCUCGCGGAACCCCCAUCCCUGUCUGGCCAACCACUCCUCCCUCCCCACACCCGCCCAGCCACGCCACCACACCCCACUCCACUCCACCCCUGCUCCUGUCCCCUCCCCAACCCAGUGUCCCUGUCCAGUCCAACCUCCUGGUACUGCCCCAAGGCUCGGUGGACAGGGAGACUAUGUUGGUGGACAGAGCCAUGGAAGUAAACACCAAAAAUUUUAUUUAGGGCGUUAAAU